ACAAUUUUUUUCUUCAGCUAAAAAUAAAUAGUUCUUUUUGUAGCGCGUAUUUCCCUUCUCAGCGCCCUUCGUAUUUCGGUCGUCCGAAAGUGGGCCAUUCUACUAUCUAGCAAGUGUCGGUUGAAGGAGCCCUUUUUUGUCGGAAACCAGUUUUUUUUUACACAUGCAUGUAGCUCAACCUUCAGAAGGUGAUAGCAACCAGGCAGUGACAACCGAUGUUUCGUCUGGCGAGCAGGGCGAGCAAGGCGCUCAAGAAGGCACCUGCGUAAAAAGUGGUGAGUCUGAGCAGAUGCUGGUGACGGAGCAGCCAUUUGACGGCACGUUUGAAGAGCUUACAUUAGAUCGCUUUGACUCACUGGAGGAGGAGAAAGACAACGAGUUAGGGGCUGCUAGAAAGCUCAAAAAGCUUAAAAAGUUGCGUAGGAAUGCAGAGGAGGAAACCUUAUUGAACCAAGAGACGUCGAAGGAAGGGAGACGGGGGGAACCUAGUGACGAGGUUAAUGACGCAAAGAGUAGCCAGCAAACACCCAAUAAUGAGCCAGAUUGGGAGUCGCUUCCUACGCAGACUAUCGUUCCAGAAAUACCGGAUGUUUUUAGUUUAAUGUGCGACGUCUUUGGUGAUUCUGAUGAUGACUCAAUCUUGAGGGAUACUCGACCCUGGUCUGAGCUCGAUGAUUUAGAUGAUACGAGGAUACUAGAAGUAAAAAAAGACCUGCAGAAAGCUAUUUCUCACCAACGCAAAAAUUUGAGGCAAGCAACCCGAGUUUCUGUCAAAGCCCGCUCAUCUAGGGACGAUGACGUGCUCGACUCUAUUUCUGAGGAAGAAAAUUCUGACCGUGUCCAUAUUAAAGGCGUACACCGCAAACGUUCAGGACAUCGUAAGGAGCAGCCUUUUUUGGAUGCCCAAAAUACCACUUCCCAUCAUCGAAAGAAAAAGUAUACUGAAGACGAGAUUCGUCAGAAAAUCCGUCACGUUGUAAAUGUCAUGGUCGAUGCCUGUGAGGCGGAUAGGCUAUCCAACAUACAGAGGAAACCUGCAACACAAAAGUUACAGCAUUUGAAUCAAUUUAAAGAGACGUUAUUGCACGUUGGAUGGCAAGAAUUCUUGUUAGAUACAAAUGUUCUGAGCGUAGUACGAGACUGGUUAAAACCUCUGCCAGAUAGAACUCUACCAAGUCUGGCCAUCCGUGAGACCUUACUGAGGUGUCUGUUGAGCUUCUCGCACAUUUCCAAAUUUGCUCUCCGUGACAGCGGAAUUGGUCGUAUUGUCAUGUUUUUUUCAAAAAGUGAUACAGAACCGACCGUUAAGGAUCUGGCUGACAAGCUCAUCGCUCGAUGGACACAUCAUGCCUCCUCAGAGAACGAAUACAAAACCGACUAUGAUGCUCACCGGAGGUUGACGCCAGACCAAGUCAGAAUAUACUCCCAGCAGCUCAGUUUUGGCCGCACUCUUCAAGGAGCGAGCGACGUAAAAGGGCAGCCUAGACAGCGAGUACACGAACAAAUGUACGCUGCCGCCCCGAUUCUCAGCAGCAUGGAAUAUGUUAUCCAACCAGAAAGCACUGUUGAUCCAAAACUGGUUGCCCAGAGAUCUGGCCUAAGAAACAGCAGAAACAAAUUUUGGAAGAAACUCUAAUAACGCAUCGCCUUUUCACAUAAGCGGGAGAAUUCAGCGAUCAAAAAAAUUACGCAUUCAGGGCGAAUCACAAAAAAAGAUGUGCGCAUGUGUAUGUACAAUAAUACAAUUAAUUAGGUCUGUGUUUCAA